UAUAACACACAAUGACUGGGUUCUGUAGCUGAACUGCACUACAUGUAGCUGUUAGUAACUCAUUUGUAAACCAUAGAUUUAAGCGUUGUCUGUACUCGGGUUCUACAUCUCAGCAUCAGGAGAAAUCCAGUGCAUGAAAGAUCACCAUGGAAAAUCCGUCUGAAUUGGACUCCUUUACAGGAGAAAUUAAAGAAGCACUUCAGAACAAUAACCAAUCACUGGCUGCUACAAAGAUCCAAGAGUUAUUGGACAAAGAGAAAAACUCCCUCGAUAUUGCCAUCACAGGAGAGUCUGGCUCUGGUAAAUCCACAUUUGUUAAUGCCUUCAGAGGUAUAGACAACAAAGAUGAAGGAGCUGCUCCUACUGGUUGUGUAGAAACCACCACAGAGGUCACGCCAUACCCUCAUCCAAACUAUCCUAAUGUUACAUUCUGGGAUCUUCCUGGAAUUGGGACCACCAGGUUUCCAGCUGACAAGUACCUGAAGCAUGUUGGAUUUGAGAAGUUUGACUUCUUCAUCAUCAUCUCAGACACACGUUUCAGAGAAAAUGAUGUGAAACUGGCUCAGGAGAUUCAGAGGAUGGGGAAAAGGUUCUACUUUGUUCGCUCAAAGAUUGACAACGACCUACGUGCUGAGGAGAGAAGUCAGAGAGACUUCAGUGAAGAGAGGACUCUGACUAAGAUCAGGGAAAACUGCAUUCAAGGACUUACACAACAGGGCAUUGAGGCUCCACAGGUCUUCCUGGUGUCCAGCUUUGAGCUUCAUCUUUGGGACUCUUCAGUCUUACAUGAGACCUUGGAGAGAGAACUACCUGAACACAAGAGGAAUGCUCUGCUGAUGGCCAAGCCAAAUAUCAACCUGGACAACAAGAACAAGAAAAAGGGGUUCGGUCAUUUGCUAUAAAAACAGUAGCUGGCUGGCAUCUCUGUUGUUGAAGUUCACUGUUUAUUUAAAUCUUUUCAAAAAUGGCAUAAAAUGGUUAUUUUCCACAUUUAUAACGAUAUGAAGGCAAAGGAUUUCAAUUAAAUUCAGUACUAUUCAUUUUAUUUAUGUAGUGUCAAUAACAAUACAAAUUGUCUGAAGAUGCUUUACAAAAACUGACCUAAAUCUCCACAGAGAAGAUAGAGAGAAAAGAUGAACAGGAGAAACAAGAUAAACAAACUUCUGUCAUAGAUACAUAUAACAGACUUGAAGGAAACACAUAGAAUUUAAUAAUACAACAUAUAGCUGAUGAUCAUAUGUGAUAUAUGUAUGGUCCAGGGGAAAUGGAAGAGGUCUUUCUUUAGUUGGAAGAGGGGGGACUGGACUGCAGAAGCCUUGAAGUUUCCUUUGGAUUGGAUUUGCUGGGUUGGGGAAAUUGAUUCCUUGUACAGAGGUUGUUUCUUUGUUUGCUUAGUUAAUGUUUAGUUUAGGUAUGUUUGCUGUGUUAGUGUUAAAUUCUUAGUCACAUUUCUUCCUUUUUUUGUCUGUUUUGGACUAGUCCUAAGAGUAUAUAACCCGUGUGUGUCCCAUUUGUUAGGCAGGUCAGUUUGAUUAGGUUCAGUUAAAACCUUGGUUUCCUUAUUGCUUUGUUGACCUCGUUUUGAGUUUGAGUUUUUUUCAUUUGCUAGUUUUCUGCUUGGUCCCUAACAAGUAAAAAAAUGAAAUGCAUGAAACAUGUAUUCCUGUUAACGCAGGAAUAAUUACAUCCUGGAAUGUUUUUCAAGCCUUUAUUUACAUUAAUCCAAUUGCAGUAGAACAUCACACAUGUAAAAUACAGUCUUUCAAACAGGGUAUAAAACCAUAAAUAUUCAUAAUUCAUAAUGACAAUUAAAAAAAAAAGCUCAGUGAUCUUUGCCUCUUAAGGAAGACUACACUGUGAGCAGGGUCUACCAAAUAUUUAGUCAAAGCUGAUGUGCAGAUCAAGCUGACGAAGCAGGGAAACAUCUGUGCUUUCAUCAAGCUCAAUUCCAAUGGCUUGCCAUGCUGUUAUCUGCUCUCUGAGAGGCUCCUUGAGGACUUGAGAAAGGAUCUCAAGCAUCUCAUCGAUGAUACGAUGACAGCGAUAGUUGUUUCUGUGAUCAACCUUAAAAACAGAAAAAGAAAAAAUGCUAUACUUUUUUCACUGGAAUUAUGAGUUUUACAUCAAUGUACAGUAUAGGGCUGAACUAAUUUAAUUCUGUAAUAUUUGCACAAAUACUUACCUUAAGCUUGAGGAAAUAGUCACCUCCCAGGAGCUGGUCCAAGAACGAUCAGCGUGCGUGAUUUUUGACCCACCAGUACAGGCACUCGAAUCCCCGAAUCACAGCUUUGUGUUCCAUAAAAGUGACAGGCUCAAAUUAAUCUAUGACCUUCAGUUUUUUUGCAGUAUCCUGCAAAAAAUAAAAAAAUGAAAUAAAAAAUCUUCCUGAACACUAGUACCCAUUCAGCCAUAUCUGAAACUUUUGGGAUUGUGAUUUGACACUUCUGAGAAAAAGCUUAGAAAAUACCUGAUGCAAGCAAUUCAUAGCAUUUCAUGCUCUGUUUUUAAUACUCACUGGUUGUGUGACGCUCCAGGUAAUCUUUUCUAUAAUGGACAGUCCCCACUUCCACAAAAGGUCUCAUUUCAGGGCCAUUUUUACAGGAGGUCUGUGCUGCCUGCAAGCACAACAAAACGUCGGUAAAAAGCAGAAGUUUGCUAUCCACUGCAAUAUAAUGCUGCUUUUUUGUGGAAACUUACCAUGUGGAGUGUUAUGGAGCCAAUGUUUAAACUGGGGCAUUUGUAGCCAUUUAGCAUUCCACGACUUCCUGUGUUUGUGUGCACCUUAAUCUCAUAAACAAAAUAAAUACAGCAACAGCUCCUCAACUGACCAACUUCCCCUUUCUCUGCUGUCAAACUAACCUGCUGUCCCUCUUUCAGAGGAGACUGCCUCCCCUGCUGCCUCUAUGGCAUUCACCUGCUCCUCACUUUCUGUCCCUCUAACAGAGUCAACUGAAACUUUCCCUCCUGCUGUCUUGAAAUAUUUUAAAAUGCUCAUGGUCUGAAAAUCAAGGGUACAAUACAUUAGGCUAAGCUUGAAAUGUCAGGGUUACAAGCAGGAGGGCCGAUGCAUCCAAAAAUCAGCGCCUCUGAUGCAGUUGAGUGACUUAGUAGUAGUAGUAUUUCAUAUGGUAAUUUAAUAUUUAGAAUUUUUAUGAUAAUUUGUCAUGUCACUGUCUUAGCCUCAUAUGCAAAAGUGUGUAAAAGGUGGAUGAAACAAAUUACAGUCGAGUUUAGGAUGUCUGAAUAAUCACUUCUGUAACGCUGUUUUCUCUGACUUGCUCCUGUGUGUAAUGCUCAGUGUCUUUGUGUUAACCCCGGUCUAACUGCAGUUCGGAAGAGCAUCCUCAGAAAAAGCAGAGUCAGCAGCUGCACCUCCUAGCUGCCCCUAUCAGGCCAACAGCUCUCUUGGGGCAGUUUUUUAAAGCUCAUUUUGUGUUCAGUGUGUCUUAUGAUGGUGUGCUUGUGAAUUUAUGUUAUCUUCAUUUAUUAUGUUCUAAUUGACUGCUCGUGAAAAAAGCCCAACAAUAAAUGUUUUUGAAAAUG